UCCAGUCUAGUAGGUGGCGGUAAUGCAACAUAUUGGAUGUCAACCGCCGUUGAACCUCAUCGAAGAAGAAUAAAUAUUUUUGAACCCACUCUAGCCAAUCAGAGCGCAACAUGUAGAAGCCCUGCUGCUGUUUAAAAUAUCUGCGGAAAAAUAUUUCAGGGAAACGUAGUCUGCAAGCAAUGUAGCUAGCUAGCUAAGGCGAUUCAGAUUUAUAUAAAAACAAGAGAAUAGCCACAUCUUUUUCGACAUAGCUAUGUAUUCAGGUAAAUGCUAGACUAUAGAUUUAGGCAUACGGUAAUAUACAUUUGUUAUGGUUAGCUAGCUAGGAUAAUUUUUAUUUAGGUGACGUUAGAUGUUAGCGAACGUGGGCUAGCCACACGAGAAUGAUUGCGCCUAGCUGGGUCGAUUCUGCUGGGACUGGAUAAUUGGCAUUGACCUAGCGGUUGCUUUUGGUCGACCUAGCUAGUUACAGGUUAAAUGUAGAAGGGUUUGGUAUGUCAAGUUAGAUUGUUUUGAAUGAGAAGGGCCUACGCAAAGAAUUGUUGUCGAUUAAAAGGAAGGGGAAGUGCGAACGUGGGCUACGAUGGCUAAUUUAGCUGUUAUGCUGACGCGUUAGAUUGAAGAGGGAUAAUAGUAACUAAGCAUAGACCUGCAAGUUGGCUAAGUUGGCACAGUAUGUGUUGAAAGUUUAAGGCACAGUGAAAGUCAUUUGUAAAGUGAAAGAUGAAGAUAAUGGAAAGAAAUGUGAUGCGUCUGGCUGUUGUGCAACACCUUCGUACUGCUUAUGGUAUAAAGACGAAGAAUUGGAAUAAAAACAAAACACGCACCAGCUUUAAAUUGACAGCUAACCACUCGGUGAAAGUGUUUGGUGUACCGCUGGAGAGCCUUCUGCAGUACAAUGUGGAGAAUGGGAGUAUACCAUGCUUUCUCAUGGAUGCGUGCGCAAGUCUGCUGGAGCAUUUGGAUACAGAGGGCUUGUUCAGAAAGUCUGGCUCCAUUGUUCGUCUGAAAGCUCUCCAGGUGAAGUUGGAUAAGGGUGAGGAGUGCCUGUCCACUGCCCUGCCGUGUGAUGUGGCUGGCCUGGUCAAGCAGUUCUUUAGGGAGCUGCCGGAUCCUGUCAUGCCCACAGAGCUGCAUGAUGCCUUUCUCAAGGCCCAGCAGCUGCACACAAAGGAGGACAGGACCUAUGCCACCCUGCUGCUGUCCUGUGUACUGCCUGACAGGAACAUGAGCAUUCUACGUUACUUUUUUGGCUUCCUCAACAAAGUCUCUCAAAGGAGUGCUGUGAAUAAGAUGGACAGCAGUAACCUGUCUGUGAUCCUGGCUCCCAACCUCCUGCACACUGGAGAUGGGGCAGACAAGAUAAAUGCCAGCACAGAGAAACGCCUCAAGCAACAGGCAGCCGUGGUCCACUGCCUUAUAGAACACGCUUCAGACUUUGGUGUGGUACCUCAGCUAAUCAUGGAGAAGAUUCCAGCCAUGCUGGGCUGUGAGGCUGGUGUUCUGUCCCCUACUCUAGACAGACUAGAGGACUUGGACACAAACUCGGGGGCCAAGAGAAGAUGCAGGCGCAGUUUAGGGGAUAUGGUCAAUGGAGCUCUGAAUAAGUUAAAAACAAAUAGAACACCCACAAAUACGCCACAGUCAGACAGAUAUGUCUUUUCCUCUGCAACUCAUGUGAUAAUUACUCCCAUCUCCAAGAGAGAAAUUCCUUUGGAAUCUGGUCAUAGUUAUGGAUUCUCCAACAAACGGCGAUCCAUCAAAAAUGACCUUGCUUUAGAGUUACUGCCUAAUGCUCUGUUCGGUGGAAGCUCCACUCCUGGAUCAGGAUACCUGGAUCCCAGUGCCUCAGAAUCCCUCGUUUCCUCCCAGAAUGCUUUGUCCUCAGUUGGGAGGUCCAGCAGGCAAUCUGCCAGCUCUGCAAGGAGAAAGAGCAAACGACUGAGUCACCGGCAUUUUGUCAACAGAGUAGAGUCGGGGAAGGCUGGUUGCUUCUCUCCCAAGGUCACCAAGAAAGAAAACGUUCGCAAGUCCCUGCGCCUUCGCUUCAGCCUGGGCAAGAGCAGCAGAGACCCUAGAAAGGGUUCAGAGUCCAUUGGUUGGCGACUUGCCACUCAAGAGCGCACCACCAGUUUUUGCUUCACCAAAGAAGCCAAAUUUAGCCCUGCUGUUUUGCGAAACAAGAGCGCCUCAAAGGGCUCCAAGUUCUACAGUAAGUCAGAGGACAACCUGCUAACCCCCCAGUGUGACGGCAGCGCCCUCCGGACGUCCUGGAGUGGGGAGACCCCUGAUGAGGGCCACGUCUUCAGCGGAGGCUACUUCACCGACACCCCUAUUAACAUGUGUCUGAAGAACAACUACUACUCUGAGCCGGCCAUCAUGGUGGCCAAGCCCCCCAUGGUGGCCAGCUUCCCCAAGAAGCUGUGCUGUGCCUCCAGAGCUGAGAGCCUGGAGAGUGAGGGCUCGUUCAGCCAGACCCUGACCGGGCCCACCCUGCUCAAGAUCAAAAGAGCCUUCACUGAGUCCGGCAGCGACCUGCAGGGAGUCCUGAGGGACUACAGCUCCCCCUCUGAAGAGGUAAAGGCAACACAGCCUGAGCACACUCAAACAGAUUCAACUCCUUCUGAAUAUUCUACACUCAAAAGUGUGUCACCAAACAAAGAGAGUUCUGGCAUGCCAACACCUUGGAGUCAUCUGGCUGAUGACCAGAACAUCACAUUUGGUCAGAUCGAGUUUGUUCCUCUGUCUCCCUUGUAUAUAGACAGUGCCCUGUUUGAAGUGGGAGGGUGUGGCAGUCUGUCAGAGAAGGCCUGUGACUGGUCGCUGUGUGCUGGUGACAGGUCUGUGGAGGGAGAGGCAGAGACUGUGGCUGAGCAGGUGAACUGCAGCAGAGUGAUUGAUGCCCUGGACAUCCAGAGCCCUGCUCACUUCACACGCAAGCUCGCUGCUGGGGUCCAGUCCACUCCAUAUAGAGUUUCAGGGCUGGAGUACUUUCAGGAGCUCAAGACCCCUCUUCCCCCUGUGGGUGCAGUGCCUGUAAUGGUACAUGAUGAUGAUGCUGUGGCAUCUCCAGAUCCCAGUUCCCACCCCCAGAGGCAGGAACAGCAGCAGGUGGAGCAGCCUUCCCCAGGCACCCUGGAGACCCGCAGGCUAAGGGUGGUAGACCACAUCCAGCGCUUCAACAAGCUCACCCUGUAUUCACCCAAAUCGCAGGCCAAAGCAGUCAGGUCCCCCCUCAAGUUCCAGCGUACUCCCGUGCGCCAGUCUAUCCGCAGGAUCAACUCCUUGCUGGGGGACAGGAGGCCUGUACCGACUAGGAUCACCUCCUCCAGCCAGGGAACCCCAAUCCCUGUGGGGAAGGCUGUCAGCCUGGAGAGUGGCCUGUCUGCUGGGGCUCAGUGCCAGCCUCACCAGGGCGAGGCAGACAACCAGGGAGGCCCCACACUUGACAAGGUCCGCUCCACAAAUACCCGCCCUCCUCCAGUCCCACCUAAGAAGCCAGCCAGCAUUGCCCGCAAACCUAGAAAUUGCGCUCUGGGUGACGUGACCAACAAGGUACAACCGAAGGCCAAAGGUGACACACCUGUUAAGAAAGGCCCAGGAGGUAAAGGUCAGCCGUCUGUGGUGCAGCAGGUGGCUGAGAAGGAUGUGUGUCGCUACAGAGGCUCCCCCAGGAACCCCCUCAACGAGGGCAGACUGCUGUCAGCCACCAAGCCCAUAGACCUCUAGUCUAGUAGAACUCACCCUUCACUUCCCCCUUUUACUAUAAAGGUCUCCCUAUCUGGAUAUAUAUACUGUCUCACUGUAUGACUUCAAAACAUUCCCUCUAUUUCUAUGUCUUUAGUUGUUUUCAGGGGUUUAAUUUAUUUGACUUCCUAGAUGCUGUUCUCUGAGUGCUUGGGGUGACUGAUCUGUUGCAUUGCCUUAAAGUGGUUUACUCUGUUGGUAAAAGAGGAGUUUUGCACAUGCAUGUCCGUGUAAAGGAAUGAGUGUAUUUUAAAGGUGUUUGUAGUCUGUUAGACUAGUGUGAAAGCCAAAUGGAAACUGUUAAGGGCAAUUUUUUACUAUUUUAAUUUGCAUUUGAUUAAACAUGUGAACUGCCCAAGACACCUUUUGCAGGGAAUUUGAGUAAAACCUGUUGAGCAGUAUUGAUUUAAAUCACCUCUGCAUUGCUGUCUUACCAUUUCAAAACUCUUCCGAAAUGUGUAAUACAUUACCAUGUGAAUUUUUGUUAAAUAGAAACAUCCAAACAUUCUAAAAAAUUAUUGUGUCUUUUAACUAGGGAACAAUUCAUAAUACUGUCUGCACACAUGCUGCUAAGGACAUGUUGUUAUUAUAUAGGGCAGGGUCCCCCAAGUUUUCUGAGACAUAAAAGUAUGUUAAAAACCCCAGGACAUCCGCUCCUAAGUUAUUUUAAUUUUGGAAAUCUGUUCCAAAGUAUUCCCAUGCAUAAUAGAGAGAUGUGAUCAUGUAAAUAAUGAAAGCAAGGUUUGAAAUGAUUGUUUUAGUCAAAUGUUAUACCUGUUUGGGCUUCUUGCGAGCAAUUUAUUUGUUAUUAUGUUCAGGCCCCCUGACCAUCCUUCAAGAAAAAAUAGUCCCGAGGCUGAAUCUAGCUAAUCACCUCUGGUACUUACAACUUACUUCCAGAAGGGGGUGUACUAAAAUCACUUGUUGGGUUAGCUGCAAUGUACAC